AUGACGAAGACGAACCAUGGUAUUGCCUCGUCGAGGCGCAAGUCUCGCAAACUCCACUUCGGUGCCCCUUCCAGCGUGCGACGAACGAUCAUGAGCGCUCCUCUGAGCAAGGAAUUAAGAGAAAAGCAUAAUGUCCGUAGCAUUCCGAUCCGCAAAGACGACGAAGUCACCAUCGUGCGAGGCUCCAACAAGGGGCGCGAGGGAAAAGUCAUCUCUGUCUACCGAUUGAAAUACCUCAUCCACAUCGAACGUGUCUCCCGAGAGAAGUCGAACGGCCAAUCCGUACCAAUCGGUGUUCAUCCCAGCAAGGUUGUCGUGACGAAACUCAAGCUUGACAAGGACAGGGAGAAGAUUCUGGAGAGGAUCGGCAAGGGAAGAGAAGCUGUCAAGUCUAAGGAGUAG